UUCGUGCAACCAUCAAUCGGAGAUGCGUUCUUAGGAAUGACCGUAGAUGCUGGGUUCGAAACCUAGAUGCUACCAGACCCUAAGUAAAAGCUUAUACUUACAAGCUGCUAGAUUAACUCGCGUAAACCUUCACCUUAGGCUCCACGGAAGCCUUCACCUUAGGAUCGAGCUGCAAGUUCGACAUCUUAUGCCCACGAUAUAGCUUUCACUUGGAAAUGAUAAGCUUGCAGUAGCCAUGGCGACUGCUGCGGAAAGGGAGAAGGAGCUACAGCGCGCCCUGGGAGAGUGCGCUUUAAGCAGUUCCUGGAUUUUCACCCUAGGCGGGUGUUUAAUCGCCAUCCCCAUAGGUAUUCGGCGCAAAUCCAUGGGUCCGCUGGUGUUCUAUGGUACCACAGGCGCCAUGGUGGACAUCAUUCAGGGCAUCAGUAACUGCGAGAAGGAGAGAGAAGCUCUCAAGGCGUUUAUGGAAGAGAAAAGAGCGGGUCAACCGGGAGCAGCGGAUGCAGCUGGUAGUAGCAGCAGAGGGUCGGGGUUGACGGAGAGAAGCGGAGUGCAGCAAGAUAUUGCACAGACGCUAGAUGAUGAUAAGACGUCCAAGUAGGCAUUCAGCGCAAGUCCCUGGGUCAACUGGUGUCCAUGGCACGACAGGUGCAAUGGUGGACGGACAUCUUUCAGGGCAUCAGCAACUGCGAGAAGGAGAGAGAAGCUCUGAAAGCGUUUAUGGGGGAGAAAAGAGCAGAGAAGGGAGCGGGUCAACAAGGAGCAGCGGAUGCAGCUGGUAGUAGUGGCAAAGGGUCAGGUUUAUGGGAGAGAAGCGGAGUCCAGCAGGAUAUCGCACAAACGCUUGAUGGCGAUAAGACGUCUAAGUAGGUAUUUGGCAAGUCCAUGGGUCCGCAGGUGUUCUACGGCCCAGCAGGCGCAAUGCUGGACGCCGUUCAGGGGAUUGGUGUUGCAAAAUGGAGAGGAGCCCUGACAGCGUAUAUGUGGGAGAGACAAGGAAGCAAACGGGGGGAUACGCAGAAGCGGGUUAACAAGGUCUAGGGGAGGGAGAGGUUGGGAAGGAGUUGAUACGGUAGAAAUUGAGAGCUGGGAUGGGAUAGGAGAGGCUCAGAGGAAAGUAGAUACCUGGUGGGAUCGAGCAAGUUGUUGCUUAACCGCUAGAUAAUGACGGCACAGAACUCGGUGCACCACCACGCGUGCGUCGCUGUAGUAUUGCAUGCAAGCGGGGGAUCAGCAAGUAUGCUUGGCAAAUACCAGUGCAGUGUCCAUUUUGGCGAAGACGAGUCAUUUCGUUUUGUGGUGUGGUAUCAUUACAGUGGUUGCAGUGCAUUUUAAUGAUGCUUUAGGCCAUUGACUGCACAGUCUCAGAGUAGAAAAGUUGACUAGAAUUGGGCAUACAGGUUGAUUUUGUGCAAGUGUUGUACUCU